AAAAAAAAAAAAAAAAGGUAAAAACGCGGUAGGUCUACGUGAAUAAUGCUCGGACCGGAUGUGCUGCCGCGCGGGCACGCACGGCAGAUGGAAGAGACACACGACGCCAUGUCCUCGCCAUGUUUUGAUGUCGUCAUCCCGCUCCCCCUCUCCUCCCCCCUUCACCCCUCGGACGUGUUACGGCCGUGCAGCACAAUAGCCCGUCGUGUUUUUUAGCGUGUGUUUUUCCGUAGAUUCAAAUCGCACGUUCCCGGUGGUUCCUGGUGGCUCGGCUCUCGUCACGUAUUCUCCAGCACCCUCCCCGUUCAAUCGUAUAUACGCCGCGCGAGGCUGGAUAACCCUCCUCGUAGAAGAUUCGCUGGGCCCGCGGAUGUCUUCAUGUUCGUGGAAGUAGUUGCGGGGGGGGUCAGCGAGCAUCGUCCACACGGUGAUCGUGUCUCGGUGCGAGACGGGAGAAUCGAUCGUACCCCUCGUCGCCACUUACGUUAGCACUGCCUCCCGCCGUUGACUCUUUUUUUAUUUCGAUCGACGGCAUCAAAACGCUUUGACGUUCUCUUCUUGGCGUCGCCAAGACGUGGUUACAUCACGCCACCCUGAGGGGGCGGAUCCAGCGGAUCCAUCGGAUCUUAGAGGAACGGGCAGAGCGCGCCUCGCGUGCGUGCGUACGUACGUACGUGCGAACGUGCGUGCGUGCGUGCGUGCGUACGUGCGCGCCUUACGUUCUCCUUUCACGUCUUCGUCUUGAUUAUACGAAGAGACACGAGGAAAGGGAUUUAAAAUGGAGUUACGCCUGCACUCGCCAGCAGGAGCGGAACCGAUCGUGUAUCAGUGGCCUCUUACCUCGGGAUCGGGAUCGGAUCGUCACGAUGGGGCAUUGGACGUUAUCGAAACUAUGCGAUGGGUUUGUGAAGAUUUGCCAGAUUUGAAAUUACCCUUAGAGAAUAAUAUUCUUUGUAAUUAUGAUCCGAGAGAUUACGAAAGUAUGAAAAGCUUAUGUGACAGAUUCAACAGAGCAAUUGAUAGUUUAGUACAAUUGGAAAAAGGUACCAGUCUACCAUCCCAGAGAUUAAAUAAGAGACCUAGUAGGGGUUUACUUCGUCACAUACUUCAACAAACUUAUAAUCAAGCUGUGGUCGAACCAGAUAAGUUAAAUCAAUAUGAACCUUUUUCACCGGAAGUCUACGGCGAAACGAGUUACGAGCUUGUAUGUCAGAUGAUCGAUCAAAUUGAUGUGACGGAGGACGAUGUCUUUGUUGAUUUAGGAUCUGGAGUAGGUCAAGUAGUUCUCCAGAUGGCAGCUGCAACUUUAUGCAAAAUUUGUAUCGGUGUAGAAAGGGCUGAUGUACCAUCAACAUAUGCACAAAGCAUGGAAGUAAACUUUCGCAAAUGGUUAAAUUGGUAUGGAAAAAGAUGCGGGGAAUAUCGUUUGGUAAAGGGAGAUUUUUUAGCGGAUGAACAUCGUGAAAGUAUUACUGGAGCUACGAUAGUAUUUGUUAAUAAUUUUGCGUUUGGCCCGACAGUUGAUCAUCAAUUAAAAGAACGCUUUGCCGAUUUACGAGACGGCGCGCGUAUAGUAUCUUCGAAAUCGUUUUGUCCAUUGAACUUUCGAAUAACGGAUAGAAAUCUGAGUGAUAUAGGCACGAUAAUGCAUGUCUCAGAGAUGUCGCCAUUAAAGGGUUCUGUCUCUUGGACUGGUAAGCCGGUGUCGUAUUAUUUGCACGUGAUUGAUCGAACUAAAUUAGAACGUUAUUUCCACCGCUUGAAAAACAAUAAACAAGGUGGCUUAGAUGAAAACUCUGAUUCUGUGAUAAGCAACACUGCCAGCAAUAGUAGUAAGGUUUCUAAUAGGAAUGAAAGAAAUGAUAGAGCCAAGAGAGACCUUUCGAGACAAUUGGACAGUCCAAAUCAUUCGGAGCAGCAAGGAACAAAUAGUGACUCUGAGCUAGACGAGAAUUCUAUCAAAAGUCGUCGACAGCCGAACAAAAUACGGAGGAAAUUCAAUAGAAAAACUACGAACGGCAUUACGAGAGCUCCUGCUAGAGGUAGACAGAGAGGAAGAGGCGUUAAGAGAGCCAAGCCUAAGAAGACGAUCAAUAUAUCUGGAUUAGACCUGUUACAUAGUCAAACUUUGCUCAGUACAUCACCUCAAGCUCUUGGGAAAAAACUUCCACCUGCUCCUGGUUGUGUAGAUCAACAAUUGUCUUCAUUGUCGCUUUCUUUACAGCAUUCCACCUCAGUGCACGAGGAACUCAGUAUACCAUCCGCUCCGUCCGCGACUCCUUACGCUCUGCAAAUACUUUUGGACUUGUAUAGGGACCAAUUCAUGCUCAUGUUAGAAUCAAUGAGAACACCCACCUACAAAGUAUCUGUUAAUACGGAUAUCGCGAAAGAGAGAGAAAGGAACUCUAAGCUUCAGUCGAGAGCAGCGCAAUUGGAGAAGCAAAUUAAAGUACUCAUAGAUGAUAGUGUAGCUCUCUUGAAGGCGAGAAUGACUGAAUUAGGUAUCAAUGCUACGUCACCUGGAGAUCUGCUAGCGAAAGCCAAGGAAAUAGUUCUAAGACAUAAACAGUUACAAGCUAAGGCGAGCAAAUUGCAAGCACAAGUGGCGUCUAUGGAAACUGAACAAAGCAGAUUAGUGGCGCUUAGACAUCAAGAGUUGCAGGAAAAAUAUAAUGGUCAUGGAAGCGUGAACGGCAUAACAAAUCCACCUCAAUCGCUUACUCAAGAUUAUAUAUUAAAAGAAAUUUCCGCCACGCGUAAACGAUUACAUUCUCAAGUCUCGAAACUAGAGCACGAAUUGAAUGUUUUGGAGAGGACAAGUAACGAGAAGCAAGUAGCUGCAAUUGCUCAGCAACAGAGGGAUAUGAUGGGAAAUAAACACUCACAAAAUUUACAUCAUCAACAGCAAGUUAAUAAAAAUGGAACAACGCGAAAAAGUAGGGAAGGCCGUUCGAGAUCGCAGGAAUGGCCCGAUGUUCCAGACAUAGGAAAGAUACAGGAAAAUAAUCCAGAAAUAUUAGCGCAAAAGAUUUUGGAAACCGGAAGGCAGAUAGAGGCAGGCCGUAUCCCACACAGGCAGAGUACGAAUGGCAACAAUAAUUCCAGAACUAGACUGCCACAAGCAUCUCUCAGUUUUUCUAAUGCAUCAUCCGCUAAUUCGUCCACACAAUUACCACAGACAGUCAAUAAAGAUGUGUCGAAUAGAACUCAAGAACCACCCAGAGUCGCCAAUUUUGAGGACAGAUUGAAAAGUAUCAUCACAAGUGUAUUGAACGAGGACCAACAGAACAGGACUAAGCAACAACAGAUGCAGUUGCAAGUGCAAUUGCAAAGUCAAGCUGAGUCCGACAGAAAGCGCGUUCCAUUACCGCAAAGUGUUUCUACUCCGGAUUAUACUCAGGUUUCACCUGCGAAACUAGCGCUUCGCCGUCAUCUCUCGCAGGAACGCAUCUCAUCAUCUCAUUCGACAUCGUCCGACAGAUCGACGGUCGAUUCUAGACAAUCAUCGGGUCAUGACAAUCGACUUGUAACUGGUGGAAGUGGAUUGCUUGUCUCUACGGUCGGUGAACUCAUGAAUGGAGAGAUAGAAAGGACUCUGGAGAUAUCCAAUCAGUCUAUAAUAAACGCCACCGUUGACAUGAGCACGAUAAUAAGACCGGAAACCGUAUACUCUCCCAUUAGUAGACCAGCGAGUGCCGAAGGAGACGCCGGUUUGUCGACUUUGGCACAUGUAGCUAGUUACGUGCCCACCUCUUCGGGAGCUUCCACUUCCACGCCCACAGCUAGUUCAAGAUCGUCCGUACUCUUUACUCCAGUAUCGCAGCCGCAAAGAUAUACACCGGUCCAGUUACCGCGAGCGGACAUUAAGCCUUAUCACGAAUCCUACUUUUCGGAUAAUCCCACUCAGUCGCUCACGCAAUCCCACUCGGCGCCACCACCUCUACAUUCGUCGUCCCAAGCUACGUCAAAUGGGGAAUUAUUGCCUGUAGAAGGGCUCGCAGCAUCAUUACAUGCCCGAAUAUUGAACAAUCAUAAUAAUAGCGGUAAAACCGAGUCGACCCUUUCCAGCAAUAGAAGGUUUCAACCAUAUCCACGAUACGCAACGAACAGUAAUAGUAACAGCAACAACGCAAAUACGACAAGUGCAAAUGCAGUAACAGCAAUUUGCCAGUCGCAAACAUCAAUGUCCAUAAAAACGGAAGCGGUUGUAUCAUCGGUAAGCACAAGCGGAGCGCCUUUGAGUCCUCUCGUGGAACCACAUUCUAAUACGUCGACGCCGCUAGUUGACGAACCUCAGAUGACGACGCAGAGUCAACGAAACGUCGUUGGAGAUGACGAUGCAGAAGCUGCUUGGCGGAAUCGUAUUAGCUCAGGAUUUGAUCGCUUGGCCGACUUUGCUUCCACAGAAUUAGAUAAACGUAGACGAUCGACGGAAGGAGUGAAUACAAGUCCCGAUAGUGGAUUGGGUUCAGAUAGCGCGGUGACGGGACCACCGCCUGUAGUACCUUCACCCGACGAAGCGUUAGGACCACCAAGAACCCCGUCUCCGACUAGUCCUCGUCCUGCGAAUCUAUCUAGCGGUAAUCCUCCGAGUAGCGCAUCUUCUUCGGUACCUCUGAAGUAUCAACGACAACCAGAUCCCGAGCGACAUCACUUUAAAAAGAAAUUUUUUCAUCGCGAUUGGAAUAAUUCUGCGAGUACUAGCAAAUUUCGUCCUAAAGGUAAAGAUUGGGAUUGGAAUCAUUCCGGGCAAUGGCCUUCGAAUGACGAACAAUCUUAACUCUGUCUAUAUGCAAAAGAUAAUUUUCUAUGUAAUCGAUGAAAAAGGAUUUCAAUUGUUUCUCCGAACGUAGGCAAAAUGAAAGAAAUGUUGUUUUUUUGCUUUUAAAAUUAUUACAUAUUAAUCAAAUUAAUUUUUAUUUUAUUAUUAAUAGCUCUCUUGUACAGUGUAAUAACGGACGACAUGUUUAAUUGCGAAGUACAAUACAUAGAAGGGAACGUACAUACGUUUUGUAUCAUUUGACCGAUAAAAGAUUAGUAGAACGAAAGAGAUGAGGUUGCAUGGUGAUGAGGUCUAUGUGAGCGUUUGAACGAAAUCAAUCCUGACAAACACGCUUGUGGUUCACUUAGCAUAAAAUAUAUUUGUAUUACAAUGAAUAUAGUUAUGAGACUAAUUAAUAAGAUGAUAGGAUUCAUCAAUUCAAGUUUAUGCGGAUUGAAAUUGUAAGGCUAUUAGGAAUUACCCAUAUAUAUUGGGAGGAAUUUACAGACUCUAAAAGAAGGUUAUGAAAAUAUUACUCGCUGAUGUAGCAUUUUAACUUAUUAUUAUCAUUAUCAUUAUUAGUAAUCAGGUUUUUUGUAAGGCUUUGCGAAUAAUUAUCUCACCGAUUUAAUCUUUUUUAACACAAUUACACAAUACUAUCGAGUUCGUAUGCCGUGUCUAUAGAUACAAAACGUCUCGUAAUCUACGCCUGUAUACACACACACACACAUAUAUACAUAGAUAGUUAGAUAGACAUGUUAGAUACUUUAGAGAAAUAUGUUAUAGAAGCGAUCACACAUACUGUAUGUAUGUAGUAUGUAUGUAUGUAUGUAUGUAUGUAUGUAUGUAUGUAUGUAUGUAUGUAUGUAUGUAUUAUAUAAUGUAUGUAUGUAUCUGUCUGUGUGUCUCUGUGUGUGUGUUUGUGUGUAUGCUGUAUUUUGUGUGUGUGUGUGUGUGUGUAUGUUGUACGUAUGAUCGUAUGUAUCACAGGCGUUUUACGGUAGACUGAUAGAAGGAGCAAUUGGUAUUGGCAAGAAAAAAAAGAAAAAAAAACAAGCCAGCAAAAAAAAACCUUUGUGUGUUCGUAGCAAAUAUCUGCUGCAAAUUUUACAUGCGGCUAUAUCUUCCACCACUUCUGGAAGAUGUAUACCUAAGUGUUCACUGUGGUUCAUAGAAAAUUGUGGCAACGAACCGCAAAAAAAUAGUCACUUAAAAUACAAUUGUGUUUUAAAGUGGGAAGUCGAAAAUGUAAAUCUGUUUUUCGGUACACAUCUGCAUAGAUUAUUGUACAACCAUGCGGAAUAUCCAAAGAAUGGCAGAGUUGGCGAGUCGAUUUACAAAAGUUUUAAUUGGUGCACCCGUAUUGGGCAUCGUGUCCAAUAUCUUUUUUCGGUGCUCCAAAAUGGAAAGUCGAGUAAACGUCACGUAAACAUCAAGUAGUAGUACUUCAAGACGCUUUAAAAAUAUGAUGCGACAUUGUAUGUAUAAAAAUCCUUUCUUUCUUGCGUUGCCGAAUUAUCCUGAUCAUAUAUUAUAUAUAUAUGGAAGGAUUAUCACACGUGUUAGACUGUGAGAAAUUAUAGUUAACGUAUUAUUUAAUAUAUAUCCCCCCUCUAUAUAUGUCAUUAUACAUUUGUAGUUAUAACAAGCAUUGCCAAGCAUGCUAGAUACACUGCCGAAAUUUCUAUGAAUUAAUUUUAUUAUUGAUCACAAUUAUUAUUUAUUGUUUUUAUUGAGAUAUUUUAAUACUAUUACUAUUU